AUGGAACUGCCAGAUGAGGACACUAUACGUAUUCUCAUUACUACUGAUAACCAUGUUGGGUAUAACGAAAAUGACCCUAUUACGGGUGAUGAUUCGUGGAAGACUUUCCAUGAAAUUAUGAUGAUAGCGAAGGAUAGUAAUGUUGAUAUGGUGCUACAAGCUGGUGAUCUAUUCCAUGUUAAUAAGCCAAGUAAAAAGUCAUUGUAUCAAGUAAUGAAGUCGUUACGUUUGGCUUGUAUGGGUGAUAAGCCUUGUGAGCUGGAAUUAUUGAGUGAUCCAUCACAAGUGUUACAUUAUAAUGAAUUCAGCAGCGUUAAUUAUGAAGAUCCUAAUUUUAACAUCUCCAUACCAGUGUUUGCCAUUUCCGGUAACCAUGAUGACGCAAGUGGUGAUUCUUUAUUAUAUCCCAUGGACUUACUACAUGUUUGUGGACUUGUCAAUCAUUUUGGAAAAGUACUGGAAUCUGAUAAGAUUAAUAUAAAACCACUGUUAUUUCAAAAGGGUAAUACUAAGUUGGCACUAUAUGGUUUAGCAUCUGUGAGAGAUGAACGAUUGUUUAGAACAUUUAAGGAAGGUGGUAUCUCGUUCGAUGUCCCCACAAUGAGAGAAGAUGAAUGGUUCAAUUUAAUGUGUGUUCAUCAGAAUCACACAGGCCAUACAAAUACCGCCUUUUUACCAGAACAAUUCUUGCCAGAUUUUUUGGAUCUGGUAGUUUGGGGCCACGAACAUGAAUGCAUACCUUUCUUGGCUCAUAAUCCAAAUAAGAAAUUUGACGUUUUACAGCCUGGUUCAUCCGUAGCAACAUCUCUAAGUCAAGCAGAAGCUCAAGAAAAGAGUGUAUUUAUCUUAGAGAUACGAUAUGGUGUACAACCAAAGUUAAUUCCAAUACCAUUAAAUACAGUAAGAACGUUCAAGAUGAAGACGAUAUCUUUGCAAGAGACAGAAUAUUUAAGACCUCAUGACAAGGAGUCAAUCUCAAAAUUCUUAGUACAACAAGUGGAAGAAAUGAUAAAUGAAGCUAAUGAGGAAAUCAAAACGAAAAUUGCAAAACUGGGACUUCCUAAUACUAGUAUGGAAACUGAUGGCCUGACAGAAUUGCCAUUACCAUUAAUCAGAUUACGAGUCGACUAUAGUGCUCCAGAAAAUGGCCAUUCUAUAGUGGAUUAUCAAGUUGAAAAUCCUCGUAGGUUUAGUAACAGAUUUGUUGGACAAGUUGCUAAUAGCAAUAACGUUGUACAGUUUUUCAAAAAGAAAAAGAUUACAAAACGGACUGGAGGUAAGAAGUCCAGUUCAGAUGAUGCUGAUUUAAGACAUGUUUUACAAAAUGGAAAUGAUGAACUGGAGAUUCAAGAUCUUGUUAAUAACAUGUUAACAAAAAUGCAACUUUCUUUACUUCCAGAAGUUGGCAUGCACGAGGCGAUAAAGAAGUUUGUAAAUAAGGAUGAAAAGGCUGCAUUAAAAGAGUUCAUCGACCAUGAAAUAGGUGAAGAAGUUGAUAUUUUGGCCUCCAAUAAAGAUUUUCUUCAAUCAGAGAAUCCUGAAGAUAUAAAAUCCUUGAUUAGGGAAGUUAAGAAGGCAAAUUCUUAUCAGACAUCCCUUGAAACUGAUGAUUUAUCUGCACAGCAUGUGUAUGAUAAUACCGCAAAGACUCAGCCACAUGAUGACAAUAAAGUAGUCAGCGAACCUGAGCUGUCAGAUGAGGAAGUCAUCCCAUCUUUCAACAAAGGGAACAAUACUGAACCAACUAGAACCAUUCACAAAGCUAGAAAAAAUAUAUCUCAAAGCACUCGAAAGGAGAAGAGACGUCCAAUGUCAGAAUCGAUAGUAGUAUCAUCCGAAGAGGAUUUGGAUGACCUUAACAACGAUGCCUUCAAUAACUUCAAUGCCAACGAUGAGGACGAUAUAAUCACAAUAAGUGGUGAUGACGAUAAGGAAGAUUACAUAUCAGCCAAUCGUAAUGUUGCAGGAAGUACGUCUACAAGAAAGUCGGCUACUAGAAGAGGAAGAGGUAACUCUAGCACAGGUCGCAAGCCACGGUCACGAUCAUCUACAAGCGCAACCACCAAAACCCCUAAGACGGAUGUUUUGAGCGCUCUAAUUGCUCGAAAGAGAAAAUAA